AUGUCAUCACUUUCAGCCUAUGAAGAACUCGAUCUUGAUAAAUUAACAAUUAUUUCACUCGAUAAAUAUGAAGGAAUGGAUGACGAUUUUGAAAUUGAAACAACAAACAAACUCUACAGAUUGAGACCACUUCCACAAUGGGACACUGUUGAACAGGAGGAGGGACUCAAAUUAUUUCUUUUGCAAAUGCAGAAGGAGAGUGGCGUAUUGAAACAACAAUUGUUUUUAGGAGGAGUGAAGAGUGCCGAGUGA